GCGCCAAUGACGAGAAUAGCUUGAAAUCCACAAUCCCUCAGCGAAGAUGUCAAGUAAGGAGAUAUUUAUGUCAAUUUGUUUUGAAUUGGGGCGGCAGAUAGCCUAGCGGUUAAGAGCCUUGGGCCAGUAACAGAAAGGUCGCUGGUUAAAAUACCUGCGCUGACUAGGUGAAAAAUCUCUUGAUGUGCCUUUAAGCAAGGCACUUAACCCUAAUGCUCCAGUAAGUCGCUCUAGAUAAGAGCAUCUGCUAAAUGACCCCCAAAAAAUGAAGAGGGACCAAAUGAAAAUACUGCAUGGUGAAUCCUCCCCUCAAGCGUACAAACAGACUAAAAAGCGACAUUGGUUGUGGAUUUUCACCAGUUUAAAGAAAUCUGUGCCCUGUAUUGUAAAAACUGUUAUUCAUGAGUACAUGGGACCGAAAGAACUGACAUGUAGGUUUAGAUAAAGGUUAAACGUUAAAAGCAUUAUAGAACUUAAUUGAUACAGGGAGUCCAAUUUACACUUUUUGUUUUGUAUGUUUGAAUGGUCUUCACUUUUAUUUUACACAGAAAGGCCAUCAUAUGCACCUCCCCCCACCCCAGCCCCUACAACUGUAAGUAUCACACACCAUCCAACACCAGUCCUCCCAUUUUCUCCAAAUGCCAGGGGGAGUGGGUCUUCUAUACAAUCAACAACAUUAGGUCAGUAAUGUACAGUUGGGCUGCAGGACAUCACAUACAUAUUAGCUCAGGCUGUUCUGUGAACACAUUUGCAAGCAUGUGGCUCAGACAAAAAUAUUCUCCCUUCAUCUACAGGACCAUUCAAAAGUUUGGACACCCCCUUUCAUUCAAGGAUUUUUACUAUUUUCUAUAUUGUAGAAUAAUAGUGAACACAUCAAAACUAUGAAAUAACACAAAUUGAAUCAUGUAGUAACCAAAAAAGUGUUAAACAAAUCAAAAUAUAUUUGAGAUUCUUCAAAGUAGCCACCCUUUGCCUUGAUGACAGCUUUGCACACUCUUGGCAUUCUCUCAACCAGCUUCACCUGGAAUGCUUUUCCAACAGUCUUGAAGGAGUUCCCACAUGCUGAGCACUUGUUGGCUGCUUUUCCUUCACUCUGUGGUCCAACUCAUCCCAAACCAUCUUAUUGGGUUGAGGUCGGGUGAUUGUGGAGGCUAGGUCAUCUGAUGCAGCACUCCAUCACUCUCCUUCUUGGUAAAAUCACCCUUACACAGCCUGGAGGUGUGUUGGGUCAUUGUCCUGUUGAAAAACAAAUGAUGGUCCCACUAAGCGCAAACCAGAUGGGAUGGCGUAUCGCUGCAGAAUGCUGUGGUAGCCAUGCUGGUUAAGUGUGCCUUGAAUUCUAAAUAAAUCACGACAGUGUCACCAGCAAAGCACCAUCACACCUCCUCCAUGCUUCACGGUGGGAACCAGACAUGCAGAGAUCAUCUGUUCACCUACUCUGCCUCUCACAAAGACACAGCGGUUGGAACCAAACAUCUCAAAUUUGGACUCAUCAGACCAAAGGACAGAUUUCCACCGGUCUAAUGUCCAUUGCUCGUGUUUCUUGGCUCAAGCAAGUCUCUGUUUAUUAUUGGUGUCAUUUAGUAGUGGUUUCUUUGCAGCAAUUUGACCAUGAAGGCCUGAUUUCACGCAGUCUCUUCUGAACAGUUGAUGUUGAGAUCAGAACUAUGUGAAGCAUUUAUUUGGGCUGCAAUCUGAGGUGCAGUUAACUCUAAUGAACUUAUCCUCUGCAGCAGAGGGUAACGCUGUGUUUCCUUUCCUGUGGCGGUCCUAAUGAGAGAGCCAGUUUCAUCAUAGAUCUUGAUGGUUUUUGUGACUGCACUUCUUGAAAUGUUCCUGAUUGACUGACCUUCAUGUCUUAAAGUAAUGAUGGACUGUCAUUUCUCUUUGCUUAUUGAGCUGUUCUUGCCAUAAUAUGGACUUGGUCUUUUACCAAAUAGGGCUAUCUUCUGUAUACCACCCCUACCUUGUCACAACACAACUGAUUGGCUCAAACGCAUUAAGAAGGAAAGAAAUUCCACAAAUUAACUUUUAACAAGGCACACCUGUUAAUCGAAAUGCAUUCCAGGUGACUACCUCAUGAAGCUGGUUGAGAGAAUGCCAAUAGUGUGCAAAGCUGUCAUCAAGGCAAAGGGUGGCUACUUUGAAGAAUCUCAAAUAUAUAUUUUGAUUUGUUUAACACUUUUUUGGUUACUACAUGAUUCCAUGUGUUAUUUCAUAGUUUUGAUGUCUUCACUAUUAUUCUACAAUGUAGAAAAUGGUAACAAAUAAAGAAAAACCCUGGAAUGAGUAGGUGUCCAAACUUUUUUUUGACUGGUACUGUAAAUCACAUGCUGCUAUACAUUUUGAACAUCAAUAGAUGGAAGUAGAACUGGCCAGUUACCAGCUUUUACCUCCCUCUUUUACAUAUUUUUCUUUUGAGAUGCUCCUAUGACAAAACAAGCCAAUGACCAUAUGCGUAGCUUUGUUUUCAAGAUGGCUGCUUUUGCAUGACUAUGCUAUGCAAAUCAUUACCCCCCCAAAACUCUCCUUUUCAUUUUUUUUGGUCCCUCCCCUUUGUUUGUGUCAUUUCUCAUUUGUGUUUUGUCUCAUUUGUCUCCAUCAGCAAGUGCCCAACACCCCUGGGUUUGUGGGGUACAACCCAUACAGCCAUCUGGCCUACAACAACUACAGGCUGGGAGGGAAUACCGGCAGCAACAACAGGGUAAUGGUAGGACCAAUGCCAUCCAGGGCUAGAGCCCAAGGAGUAAGGCUGGCUAUUCCCUGAUUGAGACAAGGAUAAUUGGGAGAAAAGAGAAAUGAAGCAUCAUCUGAUCCAUAACCGCCAUUCAAAAGUGUUUGGUACAAUACUAGAAGAGUGAAAAAACAAACAAAAACAUUAACAUGCAGAAAAUAUUUAUUUUUGGGGGGAUAAAAGGUACAACAAAAACAGCUGAUGGUCAAGUGAGGUCAGUAGUUUCCCCAAAGUCAUCCUAUAAUCUUCUGUAAAACAUUCACGAUCAUCUUACUCCCAACUGAUGUGAUGCUCAACUUGAUGACCCACCAACCACGUGAUUGUUUGUUAGAAGUGUCACCAGCUCCCCUCAUCUUGUCCCACUCCUCUUGAUGCAAACGUAUCAUAUCAUGUUAGAGCGGUUGCCUCUCUGACAUGCCCCUCCCCUGCUUGUACAGCCUGCUAGGGAGCAGCAGCAUGUUGCCCCGUCCAUCCAAGGCUCAUGACUUGGCAUGUCAGAGGUUCAUACUGGUUGGUGUUUAAUCACAGGGCAGCCAAAACUGAUAGAUGCUUUCAUUUGACUUACAGCCCUCUAAUAUUCAACACUGAGAGGGCAAUCAUUUGUCCUCUACAUACCAGCUAUGCAUGAAAUACUAUCCAAAAAAGAAGGUGCAACAUUUUGGAAUGAGUCUCCUUAAAAGCUUCACUUAAAGCAGAUUUUCAGUUGUGCCCCUUUUUCAUAGUGGUAAAUAAGUGUUAUGUUAGUGUUGUUUUCUGUAUAACUAUGUGCAUUGGUUUGACCUGUUGAUCUUUUGUUGGGCUCUCUUUCCCAGAAUUCCUCAGGAAUCACUGUUCCCAAGCCACCCAAACCGCCAGACAAGCCGCUGAUGCCCUACAUGCGGUACAGCCGGAAGGUAAGCAGGAAGGUAAGACACCCACGGUGUCUACUUUUACUGCUUGUACAGGGGGUCACCCAGCCAACCGUCUGGAUGGCCGGGAACCCCCCCCCCCCCCCCCCCUGUUGAUGACCCCUGGUGGUACGUUCCUCACAUCUUACCCCCUCUGGAUUGGAGGUCGGAGACAGCUGCUUUACACCACCGUCCGGAUCCACUCCUCUUCAACACCUGUCUUCAUUGUUGAUUCUGUCUGUCCUUCUUUCUGUGUGACCUGUUGUGCUUGCUUUCCCUUUGUCUCCUCCAAAUCAAAUCUUUCUCUCCCUCUGUUUCCUCCUGUUGUGUAUUUACAUACAUUUUCCCGCUUAGUUGCUGCUCUGUUUUGACCAUGGUGCCUCCUUUUUGCCAGGUCUGGGACCAAGUCAAAGCCUCCAAUCCGGAUCUGAAGUUAUGGGAGAUUGGAAAGAUUAUUGGUGGCAUGUGGAGGGACCUCACUGAAGAGGAGAAGCAGGACUACUUGAACGAAUAUGAAGCGGAAAAGGUGAGUGAAUGACAGUUUGCAGUUCUGCAAUACCCUAGCUAUUUUGCCUGGGGUAAAUGAGUCCAGUAUGAUUGUCCAUUACUGUGUUUUUCACUGUGAUUGUAUAUCUACUGCCUCUCUAUAGAUUGAGUACAACGACUCCCUGAAGGCCUACCACAACUCACCGGCUUACCUGGCCUACAUCAACGCCAAGAACCGUGCCGAGGCGGCUCUGGAGGAGGAGAGCAGACAGCGGCAGACCCGCAUCGAGAAGGGAGAACCUUACAUGAGCAUCCAGCCUGCUGAAGACCCAGAUGGUAAUGGCCCGGGGACUAGAAAUGCUGUAUCUCAUGUAACUUUUUUGUUUAUCUAUAUUGUGUGUAAUGAAAGCAAACGUGUGUCUCUCCUUCCCGUAGACUUUGACGAUGGGUUCUCCAUGAAGCACACGGCCACUGCUCGCUUCCAGAGGAACCACCGGCUCAUCAGUGACAUCCUCAGUGAGAUCGUGGUGCCAGAUGUGCGCUCUGUCGUCACCACUGCACGCAUGCAAGUCCUUAAGCGCCAGGUCCAGUCCCUCAUGGUGCACCAGGUAAGCAAAGCUAGUGGAAAACACACUGGACUGGAAUCACCUAAUAGUCUGGUUUGACACUGUCGUGUUCCUUUCCACAGAGGAAGCUGGAAGCAGAACUGCUGCAAAUAGAGGACCGUCACCAGGACAAGAAGAGGAGAUUCCUGGAGACUACAGACUCCUUCAACAGUGAGCUCAAACGGGUAUGUGCCCCCAGUGUCCAGUGAGAAUCACCUCAUACAAAGUGCAACAGCUGAUAGCCUUAGUUUUUUUGUACCAGUGAAGUUAAUUUGUUAACUUUUAUCAGCAGCCGUGCUGUGUGAUGUUAGGUUUGUAUUCUGUGCCACUGUCUGUAGCUGUGACUUUUGAAGUUUGUUUGUCUUUGUAGCUCUGGUGUGUUGUACAAAAGUAUGAUUUGUCAUAACUGCUCAAACCUGUAGUGUCUGAAACUAGAUGUGUUUGUUUGUGCUUGCAGCUGUGCGGUCAGAAGGUGGAGGUAGACAUGGAGAAGCUGGCAGCAGAGAUUGCUGCGGCAGAGGAGGCUGCUAGGCGGCGGGCGGAGGAGAGGGAGAAGGAAGCGGCGGAGCAGGCAGAGAAGGCUGCCCAGGAGCAGCAACAGGCGGCAGCAGCCUCCGCUUCGUCUACACUGCCCAACACUGAGCAGAACACCAUCCCACCAACCACAGAGACCAAGGAGGACCAGGACAAGCCAAUCCCUAUGGAGACAGGUCAGUCAUACCAACAUCACACAAACUACAGACGGGGGGGGGGGCUAUGGUUAAAGCAUUUUCUCGAUUGUUAUUUCAGGAACUUGCUGUUUGGAGUAAGAAAAAGCAUGAUACAUGUAGUGCUUUUAUUGCCGUAACAUGUUGUUGGGAAAACAUGUUAACUGUUGUGGCAUUCAGACUGACCAUUGUGAUCAAUGAUCAUUAUGAUCUACACAAAGACCCCUGACCUACACACUUUCCUUCUUUCCUUCAGAAGAGACACCUGCAUCAGAGACAUCUGAGACCCAGCCAGAGGCUGAGGAGGGCACGCUGACCCCUGCUGCAGAGAAGCAGCACGGCCCGCCGGUGGAGAGCAUCACGGACGAGGGCACCAGUGACAGCACCGCCCCAUCCGAGAGCAGCACCGGACCCCCUGCAGACCCCCCUGCUUCAGCUGAGCCUGCCCCAGAGGAACGCCCAGCCAGCCAGCCCUCCCAAUAACAUCACUGUAGAAGGGCACACCUCUCUCUGAGCACCCCCCCUCUCCCCAACCUGCAGACUAGGGGCAUGUUUUGUGGGCACAGUGCUGCAUAUCAAAAUAUUGGAAUGUGUAUAGAAGUGAUUCCAUAGUUUUGUACAUUCUGUAUGUUGUUGUUUGCAACGUCAUGCAACCCUGUGCCCAUUAAACAUGACCCUGUCAUGUUCUUCCACCAUCUCCACACUCAGUUUGUGUGUUUGACAUUUCUAUUGAUCUUGUUAUGGACCUCUGGAUUCAUACCACAACAAGUCAACAGUUCCUCUUUAGCUAUUUGCUAUUGGGGUUGAUAGAACAGGGAAGGGCCUUGGCCUAAUGUAUUCCAUACCCAAUUGUCAACGGUUUUUACAUGCUAUUUUUGUUGCCUAUUUUUAUCUAACUUUUAGUUAGUAAUCAAUAGGGUGUGGACUGUUAGUGAUGGAUUAAAUUCAGAAUUCAUAUGAAAUGGUCAGUCCUUGAAUAUCACCUAUUAUAUAUCACAGCAAAUGGAUGAUUGAGAACUGUUUUACAUGAGCUGUUUGCGACUGCACAGCGGUGUCAAACCCUAUUGCUGUGUAUCACCACUAAACCUCAAAUAAAACCUCAUGCAUUCAAAUGACUGUUUUUACUUGAAUUUGAAUGAUUUUAUUAUGCCUCUGCGAUUUGCAUCUUUUUUUGUACUGUCAAGCCUCUUGCCCAAAUAAAAGUAAUUUCUCUGUC